CUUGGGCCCUCGAUCGGCAGCAAACAUGACAUGGAAGAGUAAUUAUACGAGCUUCCUGAACCUUAUUCCGUUUCCAUUCAAGCAUCGGUGGACCCUAUUCGCCAAGAAUGGAAGCUUCAAACUCGGAAAUGAGCCUCAUGCGGAUUAACCUUAAACUCCCCGAACGCCUGUCUCGGCUAAAGUGCUGAUCAUCUCGUAUUCUUUGCAUAUUCUGGUCGUUGUGGAGACAUGAUAUUCUCCUUGUUCCUUGCAAACUCACUUUUGGUACAGUUAUGACGAGAAGUCUUGGCAUUUUGUUUUCACGAGCGUGAGAUGAAGGCCCGGACGAAAGAGAUAUAUUUGUGAUUCUUUGCUCAUUGCUCAAAUCGACCAUCGUUUCUCAGCGCUAUGUUGUCUUCUACUGCAUCUCUUUAUGCUUUCUUAAGCUUGUCUUCUGCUUUGACCAUCACCACACGUGGAAAUGCUGGGUAUUAUUACAUGCCCGUCGAGUUCGACUAUGACCCAGAUAGCAGAGUGACAGCAGAACUCACAUUCGGCUCAGCCGACAAGGAACCAAUACAAGUUGUGAUGGAUACAGGCAGUUCGGAUGCCUGGAUCUGGUCUCCGAAUGGAACAAUCCACUGGGGUUCUAAUUACCUUGGGGCUGUAGGACCUUGCAAUGCUUCCGUUCCAACCCCAUACAACCCAUCUCUAUCUUCAACGGCCAUCGUAUAUGAUCACAAUUCAACAUAUGCCUAUGCUGGCAAUGCCAAAAUCGUAUCAGGAGCCCAGUACGUCAAUGACACCUUAACAGCCACCAACGGAUCCCCCAUCCCCAAUGUCCAAAUCGCAAUGGAGAACUAUGGCACGCUCCGCCAACUCGACGACGGCUCUUGCAAGAUUCCUGAAUUCGACCGAGGCAUCAUCGGUCUCGCACCGUACACAAACACCACCUCUGGCCCCGCAUUCCGCCAGAAUCUCUUCGACGCUGGCUUAAUUGCCACCAGAACCAUGACGAUGUGGUUCGAUCAUACCACCACGUCCCUCUCCAAGCUGGUCGGCGGAGUGAUCUUUGGUGGCAUCGACACCUCGAAAUACACCGGCGAAUUGAUCCAAGUUCCCAACGUCAUCGCAGACUACCAAAUCGGUAUCUACAUCCCAAAACCCAACGUAACAAUCAACGGCCAAACCUUCGUCCCGGAUCAAAACACCACCUGUCUUCUCGAUUCGGGAGCUCACGCUGAUUACAUCCCCUUCGACUACCUCUCCAACAUGACCUCUCAAUUCCUCGCUGCUUCCAACGGGACUUUGAUCCAGUAUGCGGGCGUGAUCGGUUUCAAUGGAUCUUGUGAAAAUAUCCCUUCAGAUUUGAAUAUCACGUAUACAUUCCCGGGGGUGGAAGAAGGGAAGAGCGUCAGUAUCGAUGUCCCGAUCAAGAAUUAUGCGAGGGGGCUGCAGACUCCACCGGAUGCGGACAUGGGUGAUAUUUGUCUGUUUAAUUUGGAGAGUGGGGGUUGCCAGUUUGGAGCGCCGUUUCUUUCGGGGGCGUUUAUGGGGUUGGACGAUGAGGGUGCUGAGAUUUGGCUGGCGCAGGGAGCGGUUAGUGCGGAGGGACAGGGAGUGAGUGGUAGCUUGAAGGUGUUUGAGGCUGGCGAAGGGUUUGGCUCGCUCUGAGGGAGACGGGUCUGGGAGAUGGUUCUGGUUCCACUGAUCACAAUUGAGUUUCUUUUGCUGGGUCGCAUGGGAUGGAGUUUUGGGUUAAAAUAAACAUAUAAUUAUC